CUGCCUUGCCCCUGCCUACCUGUGUGUGUGUGUUCUGCAUUGUGUCGCUCUCUAUUUGCUACGCACACACACGCUCCUACCUGCCCCUUUCUCAGUUCUUCCCGGUGGUAUGAAUUUUGGACGCAGCAGUGAAGUGUCGAACUGUUGCGUGUUGCAUCUGCCAGAGAAUUCCUGAGUGAUUAUUGACGGUGACUGAAGUUGGACAAACCUCUCUCUCUCUCUCUCAGUCCUGUCUGUCUCUCUAAAGGACGAUGUUAUCGUCUUCCUCAAGGCCUGCGGGAAGCUCAGACUAAAAGAGGCACAGCUCUUUCACCCAGGAGACCUCCAAGACACAUCCACUAGAGUCGCUGUCAAGAACUUGAGGAGUCGUCCGGCCAAUGAGCCAGCAGCAGUAGCAGCAGAUUUAGAGAAAGAGACAGUGGUUUCGGAGACAGCUGGUACAGUGAGUGAGCGGGGAGAGAGGAUAUAUUACCUAUACUGAGAGGAGGAGGACACAGGAGAGACUCUUUGGAUAGCUUGGACUCUCUGGCUUCUAGACCACACAGCAGAUCCUCUGACAACACACUCAAAGGCAGCAGUGAGGCCCUCCCUCAUUCUCCCCUCUUACUCUUUCCUGCCCCUCUAAUCUCCACUGUCCUUCCUCUCCCCUCUUCCUUCACCUUGCUGCUCAAUUCUACCCCUUUUCCUUCUGUCUAUCUCCUCACCCCCCACCUCUCCUCUCCCCAGGUUGUGGGAGUGACGCGGAGACGGACUCAGUCUUCAGGAUGGCGGCGGACAGUAACAAGGAUUCGCUGCACUACCGCCGCUCGCUGGUCAUCGCACCUAAAACGACCACGCAGUUCAACCAGUUUCUGCCCACCAAGGACAAGCCGGCGGCCUACAUGCCAGCGCCGCUUCGCAAGAAGCGGGCCGAGCGCCACGAGGACAGCCGCCGGAGCUGGGCCAGCCCCAUGUACACGGAGGAAGAUGGCACCUUCACCAGGAGCAAAUCAAUGACAGACCUUGCGGUGGACCAGGCGGCCCUGAAGCAGGUAUGCUACGAGGAACUACAGAAGAUCAGGGAGCAGGGCAAGGAGAAUGAGGACCAGUGGCAGGAUGACCUCACCAAGUGGAAGAACCGUCGCAAGAGCGUCAAGUCUGAUAUUGUGAAGAAGAAAGAGGAGAGGGAGCAGAUUGAGCAGACCACAGCGAGCAGCGGAGGAGGGAGCGGUGGUUUCCUGAGGUCCAACCGGAGCUCCAUCGGCAGUCGUCUCAACUCCCUCGCCUCCCUGGACCAGGACGUGUUUGAAGACUCCAUUCCGGUCCUCCGCACCCGUACCCUCCCACCCAGGAGCUACACCACCACUGUCCGCCCCAGUCCCACACCCCCCUCCGUGCCUCACCCGACAGAGGAGGACCCCGCCCCCACUGCCACCACGGCAACCGACAGGGCCGACUCGCCCCCCAGGGGUGACAUGAGCAACAGUAGCGACAGUCCCUCCGGUUCCGGUAGCGACAUCACCAACAACACUACCACCAUCGGUCUUACCUCCAACUACAACCCCUAUGUUCCAGCCCCGACCCCCUCGGAGAGAGCCCCAAGCCCGGCCUUGCGGUACACCAGCGCAGCCAAGACGGAUGAGACCUCCAGCAUCACCACCGUCACCACCCCCAGCUUCCUCCCCAAACUACCCGAGCCCAGGCACCAGGGCAAGGUGGCUGAAGAAGUGACCACCUCCACUGGUGGUGGUUCUCUGUACAAACUACAACCACAUUACAACUCGGUGGCGAUGGAGCCAAAGCCUAUGCCUCCCAGUGUGUCUCGGGUUUCUGCCUCUCUCCCCAGGAGCUACAUGAAGUCGGAUAGCGCUCGACUCACCUCUGUCGUCACGCCACGGCCCUUCGGCAGCCAGUCCACCUGCGUCGCAUCGCUGCCCCACACCUACACCACUCCUCAGAAACGUGUGAACAGCGAGAUGGAUAUCACCAAGAAGUCGUCGGCCCCAAGCCGCUAUAGCCAGGUCAUGACCUCCGAGGACGAGGCACGUUCCAACUCUGCCAACAGCAGUGGAGAAGAGGAGGAGGAAAAAGAGAAGAGGGAGAGGGGAAGGGGAGUGAACCCCACACUGGCCCCUACCCUGGCCCACUCUCCUGUCCCUCCUCAGGCCAGGAGUCCUUUCGCUGCCCUCCAACCCCCGAAAGUGGCCUCCCCAGCCCCGGUCAGUCCUGUACCUGCAAAGGACACAAACCAGGGGAGCUACGCUGACAUGCGGAUCAGUCUGAACCAGAAGCCAAACAGCAGUCGAGACUUUGGCUUCCAGACAGAGUGGGACUCCACUGGAGCUCACGUCACCUCCAUCCAACCAGGCAGCCCAGCGGAGCUGUGCCAACUGCAGGUGGGAGAUGAGGUGCUGGCAGUGAGCGGGCACAGGGUGGCAAAGAUGAGCUAUGAUGAGUGGAAGAGCAACACAGAGCAGGCCCUGCAGCAGGGCAGCCUCAUCAUGGACAUACGUCGCCACGGCAGGAACAACUGGGACAGAGACCUACCUUCCCUGCCGUGUAAAAGCCAUAAGACCAUCAAUCUGACCAGUAUGGAUCAUCAUCCAACACUUAUAGGUUCCCCCAACACAGCCACCGUUAACGCAACCACCAGCUUGGCUUUCACAUCUCGGGGAUCCAUGGAAACCACCAAAGAGGUCGCCAUCCAACCAAUCAUUGAUGUGGCAUCCAUUGGAGUGAAUGGAGGUUUCCGUGACGAGACGGUGACCAUGAGAAACACAGAGUCCGCAGAACCCAUAUCUUUGAAAAACUUAAAACGGAGGUCAGAGUUUUUUGAACAAGGAGGAUCAGAUUCUGUGAUAUCAGAUAUGCCCGUUCCCUCCAUCACUCCCUCCUCUAACCACUGGUCCUGGGACCUGGAGGAGGAGUGCAGGAGGCAGGAGAAAUGGCAGAAAGAGCAGGAGAGACUUCUACAGGAGAAAUACCGUCGGGACCAGGAGAAACUGGAGGAGGAGUGGUGUCGGGCCCAGCAGGAGGCUGUGACCGAGGGGGGCAGACACCACCAAGAGGAGCCGAGCAGCAGGAGUAUCAGCCUCCUCUGCCCGCUCCGCCAGCCCAUCCUGCCCUGGGAGGACCAGGAGGUACAGGAGGAGGAGAGGAGGAGGAGGGAAGAGGAGGAGGCACAGCGAAGACAGGAGGAGGAGAAGAGGAGAAUGGAGGAAGAGCAGCGAAGGCGGGAGGAGAGGAUGAGGAGGAUGGAGGAGGAGCGAGAGCUGUUGCGUCUUCAGGAGGAUAGGAAGAGGGAGAAGCAAGAGGAGGAUGAGAGGAGACAGAAGGAAGAGGAGGAGCUGAGAUGGCAAAGGAGGAAGGAGAAAGAGAGGGAGGAGGAGGAAGAGAGGGAGGAGAGGAGGCAUCAGGAGGCUGCUGAACAACAGCGCAUGGAGAAAGCGAGAAUGCAGGAGCAGCAGCAAUGGUUGGGGGACUCCUAUGGCUAUGCCGAGGUCCAGCCUGAGAUAUCAAUGGCAGACAGGGCAAAGUCUAAAUCUACUCCAGAGCUAGGUGACGUGGAGAAACCAGAGACUAAAGGCUGGUACGGCUGCUCGGGGGGCAUGGCCCAGAAGUUACUGGAGGAGGAGUUGAGACGUAAAGCAGACAAAAAUGCACAGAGUCUCCUGGCCGCGUCCGAGCUGGAGUUGGAGAGGAGAAACAUCCUGAACGCCAUGAGAUACAGAGAGACAGAAAGAGUUACUAGCAGCGGUGGGCUGGGCGAGGCAUCGUGGAGGAAUGGCCAGCAGAGCCUGUCCCAGGCAGAGCUAGAGAGGCAGCAGAUCCUGCAGGAGAUGAAGAAGAAAACCCACCUGGCCACAGACAACAGCUGGAUCCGCCAGCGCUCCACCAGCACCACCACCAGCAAGGACCCCAUUGCCAGCCCCAUCAGCAGAGGUGAGUCUCUGGACAACCUGGACACCACGACCCGCUCUUCUUGGCGCUCAUCGUGGUCAACCUCAUCCAUCCCGAACUACAACUGGCCUCAAUCUGCCCUUUCCAGCCUCAACACCACAUCCUCCUACGGCGAUGGUGGCUACGGCAGUGGUGGCUAUGGCGAUGGUGGCGGCGGCGGGGUCCGAGGUCGUCCAGGCUCAGCCACCCUGCCCUCCUCCCUCUCCAUGAGCUCCCUCAGAGGGUCCGGGGGGAGCAACCCGUCUUCUGGGUCCAAAUGCUCGUCAUCGCCAUCUCCCUCCCCCACUCCUUCUCCUGGCCUCGAACGUGAGUCACGCCCAUCCUCGCAGCAACGCAGCAGGUCAGUGAGUGGCAAGAAAAUCUGUACGUUCUGUGACACGGCGCUGGGCAAGGGAGCCGCCAUGAUCAUCGAGUCCCUGGGACUCUGCUAUCAUUUGACCUGUUUCAAGUGCAUUGACUGUAAGUCCGACCUGGGAGGAUCGGAGGCCGGAGCUGAGGUCAGAAUACGGAACCGACAGCUCUACUGUAACUCCUGCUACAUGCGAUUCAAGACUGGACAGCCAACCUCCAUGUGACAUCGCUGUACUACAGCAGAUAGAGGAAGAGACUAUUCUUGACAACAACCCAUGAACACUGCAAGCACGGCAACAAGCCGUAACACUUUGCUAGAUGACAACUUUAGAUGUAUUAAUGUGUAUUAUGAUUCUGAAAAAAGCCCUUAUUCUUCAAUGAACUACUAGCUUAUUAUUUAUUUUUACUGUGUGCAUGAGACGGUGAGAUUGACCAAAAAAGUUAACAUGUUUAUGUCAUAGUAUUAUUAUUACCAAUUGCUUGUACAAAUUAUGAGGGACGUGCAUGCACCUGCAAGUUUGAGACUUUUACCAGGAAAUAGGGUUGGAAAAUUAUGAAAACUUUCACAAAGUUCCCAGGUUUUUCACAAUCCCGGAUGGAGGGUUUGGUGAAUUUUGCAACCCUAGCUGGAAACAAUACUGGAAAUUGAUGUUGGUGUUGUCCAUAAGAUUAUUGAUCCUGAUUACUUCAUAUUUCAGAGACGUAAGAGUUUUCGUGCUAGGCUGAGGGAAGCCUGCAGUUUCUUCUCCUUUAGGGUUCCUUUUCAGCUCCACCUUUUUUGUUUGUGAUGGUGGGAAGAAUAUUUACAUUCAAAAGAUAUUUAAAAAACUGGCAUGGUUGGAUAGAGAGACUGAGGACUUAUUGGGGAGUUGUUCUUUCUCAUUAUUUGAGUGAAUCUUAUACAUUUGAGAUGUUAAGAUUUUCUUUGCCAGAGAAAAAAUAUAUAGCGUAUGGGAUUGAGGUAAAUGUUGUUCAAUAACAUUUUUAAAUAAAAAUUGUGAUCCCGA